UCUUAGAAUAUAAUUUUAUUUCAGAAUCCGAAAAUUUGCGAAUUCCCAUCGAAUCAAUUUUACAAAAAUGAUCUUAUUACGGAAAACUAAAAAAAAAAAAUGGCAUGUUGAAAAACCCCUUUCAUUGUGGAAGGAUUCGGAUGUACGUCUACUAUUUUGUCAUGUUCAAGGGGAAGAGAACUGUCUGGCAGUUGCCACGGAGGAAGGAAACCCGCAAUCACGUAGCAAUAUGUUGGAAGUAGAACAUGUGGUUAAAUUGUAUGAUUAUCUGGUAAAGCAAGAAAAGUUGGCACCACCAACAGUUAGAAUUCUGACGCAAUACAAUGCACAGCGCCAUGUAAUAAACAAAGCACUCAAGAUGAAAGGUUUUGAAAAUGCUGAAUCGAAUACUGUGGUAUCCAGUCAAGGUGGAGAAUGGGAUUACGUUAUAUUCAGCACUGUGAGGUCCCUCCCAGACUACAUAAUAGAGGAACACCAAACACAGGGUUGGUGCACAGAGAACCUGGGUUUUAUUACUGACCAACAUCAGAUCAAUGUGGCUCUUACUAGGGCGAGGAAAGGACUUAUUAUUAUAGGAAACAAGAAGCUGCUUCAGUGUAACCUUAUUUGGCGAGAAUUGAUAAAACACUACACAACAUUGGGCUGCGUUGUGGAUGCCAAGAAACAAAAUCUCACUCCUUUAAUUCGAAAGAGAAGAAAUUAAAACUAUUUUAUAGGACAAAGUGAUGUUAAAAUAUAAUGGGCAAAUGAAAAAAGAUUAAAGGAAAUCUUAUCCGAAAUACAGUUGGGACACAGAUUGUGUCGAAAAUACAGGAAAUUGGAUUGCAUAAAAACAUAGAGUAAUAUGAAAUAUAAUAGGAAUCAAAAUAAAUGUCCAUAUUCACAAGGAAAACAAUAGCACAAACGUAUGAUUAGACUGUGCUUUUUUUCUCCAGCAUUCACAUCAUUGCAACAUCAACUGACUCCUACAUCACCUAUCUUUACCAUAAAAUCCCUUGAAAAUUAAUUUUUUUUUUAGGAUAUUCAGGUUCUUGUUUGAAAAGGCUAUAUUAUUUCAAUUAAGUUGUUAAAUGGAUUAAAGGUAAUAUUUUUCAGUCUAUGGUUCCAGGCCAGCCCAUAAAUCAAUUAAUCAAACUUAAAAGUUCUUUUCCUAUUUACUACCAUCAUUUUGCUUUAUUUACACGUUAUUUUUUACCUUCUUUGUUUAUUUAACAUCUCUUUUGGAAUUUUUCAAAACCUGCAAGUGGAGGCCUGCAAAUUAGACGUGUAACCAGUGCUUUUGAACCAGCAUCUACUGCAACAUGAGAUUUUGUUUAAAUGGUCUCAUCAGAAGGGUCACUUCCCGCAGUAAGAUUCGAACCCGCGAUUUAAGCAUCAAAACCUUCUAUUUAGACUUUGAAGCAUACGUUCUAACCACAUCGCAGUACGGAUUUAUUAAAAAAAUCAAAUAUUAUUUUGUGCUAUUUCAAAUGGUUAUAACAAGCUUAUUCAUUGCUAAGCUUUUGUUUUCAUUGCAUUAAUCUUAUGAAAAUUGAAAUCAUACAGUGACUUUACAUAACUCUUCGACAAAUGAUCUUAAUGUAUUUCUAACUACGUAAGUUUCAGUUUUACAUUUCAUAUUUCACAUUAUUGUAAGAGAUUUUUCCAAGCUUAUGCAUGUCUUUAUUUCAAUCAUAUUUAUAUAACCAUCUUACAAAUUUUAUAUUGACGUAUAAAUUUUCAUGUCUG